AUGGACACCUCGCUAGUUCCGUCUGCGUUUUCUUUCCUGAAAUCCCUCAAGAACUUAUCCAGCCAGUUUGAAAAAGGCUCUAUCGCAACAGUACCCGAUAAUGCGACAAUUGGGGAUCUGCCGCUGGCCGUGUGGCGGAACAAGCGAUAUGUCUUGGAGGAAUCUUUGUCGCGGAAAGGCUCCAAGGGCCGGAAGAGCUGGAUCAAACUCCAUGGGCUGUUCGUUGUUGAGCUUGAUGCCAAUGACAGCCCGCUGAGCGCCUACUGGGUUUGCCGCCUUUGCGACGUAAAGAGCCAAGCAGUGUUCUUCGCAGCGAGCGCCACCACAUCCGCCGCCGAUCACCUUCGCAAGGUUUUUGAGGGUAGCCCUGUUGCAGACAGCGACCCAUCGACCGACGAAUCUGAGCGGGCCAAACGACCGCGUCUACAGUACAGCGCUGUCCGGAUUUGCUGGCUUCACCAUCUUUGCGGGGAUGUAUUUAUGGGUCGACGGAAAUCUAGCGAAUCAGAUGUUACAAAAGUCAUGCCCGUGGUGUGCGUGGUCCUCAAUAUUCAAACAAUGGCGAGCAACGUGACAGCUGCGGGAAAGAAGGUCGAGCUUGGCUAUCCAAGAGUAUCGACAGCGUGUAGUUAUUGCCGACGCCUAAAGAGUCGCUGCGUACGAGGUACAGAAGCCAGAUGUGAGAGAUGCCAACACCUGGAGAGGAUGGACUGCGACUCCGGGCCCAAAGGAGAGCAUCAGCUUCAGGUCGACUCUAUUAUCAAUCAUCUACUGAAAACAUACCCUGUCAUAAGUGUUGAUGAGUUACACGGACAAGACACGCAUGAGCGCACAUAUCUCGAUCUAAGAAUAAUCGUCACGGCGAUCGCUCAACUGUCCCUCAAGGGGCAGGCAGUGAACCGUGCUAAAGACAGUUAUCCUCGGCUGUGUUUCUGGAAGGCCAGAGACUAUGACCUUUCAAUUGAAAGAUCGGUUCCGCGCAUACAAGUACUUAGUCUUAUACUCCUCUUUGAGCAGGGCCGCGGACUAUCUGACUCUAGCACACGCGAUGCCCUUCACAGAGCGUGCCAAGUCAUGCUAAAGAUUAAGUUUUCGAGCAGCUUGACUGCAGACGAAUGGCACAAUCCGGGUUUAUUCAAUGUAUGGAUAGUCCUAUCCGCUGCAAUUCUUCUGCUAAAGUAUGGACUUGACUCGUACAUUGCGACAUAUCUAAUUCAGCGCAGUGAGACCGACAAGGAGGUGGCGAUAUUAGAACGAUACUUCGAUCUCCCAUACCCUCCCGCAGAUCAACUAGAGCAGAGAUUUGGGAAUAUAGGGACGGCAACACAAUAUACGCAGCGUGUGCAAUCCAUGCAUGAACGGUAUUUGCCAUUGCAAGUGGAAUCCCGCCAGGGUGCGGCUCUUCGAGCAUCAGAGCCCAGACCUCUGCGGCCAAUAUAG